AUGAAUAGAAGCCCCUUCGCUGGCAGACCACUCGCACGAGCGCCAUCAGCCUCGCCUGGCCCUCAUUCGCAGACUGACGACAGACAAACCAUGCGCCGCACACCAAGCAUAACGUAUAUCGAGAAUGGUACAACGUGGAUGCAAAAGCAAGAAUCGAAGUCGCUCAGACAAGCUCUACAAGACAUGGACCUCAGAGCAGAGCAAACCAUGCACGCGGCAGCACGCGACGAAGCGGCCGAGUUGGUGUGGAAACACCAAAACCCAGAGGCCGCUGAUGCGCCAUAUAGAAAUCCAGAUCUCAAGGACUACAGGUCACAUUUGCGAAAGGGAAGCUACUCGCGUACCUUCAGUCAAGGCUCUGCUUCUGGUUCGCAAAGGAGCGCUUCAGAUGGCAGCCACUAUGACCAGAUAGCGUCCUCGGUCGCUCAAGAUAUUGCAGUCGCACAUCGCCGGGUUAGCAGUGGAAGCAAACGCGCACCUGUUCGUAUCAUGUCUGGCGAAAAGAAGAAGUUCAUGCAUCCAGACGACCGAAUUUGGGAGGAUCCAGAAGAAGGUCAAUCACCCACAAAGAGCAAAGCACCCACAAUCAUUCACGAGGAGAUACGAGAAUCUGUGCCUGCUGCUUCGACCCAGCAUAUACCUUCUUACGUCCGGAAAAAUCCAUUUGCAAGAGUCAGGGCACAUGUGGAUAGGAUGGAGCGCUCUAACUCUGCGCCGACUCUACAGAGCUUGCCUGGAGCUAGGUCACCACGACAUGAUCGAGUAGAAAUCCACCGCAACCCUCCAAGCCAGAGCAGAAAUGCUCUCUACACAUCAAAUGAGCCGCUCUCGCUACCACCCACACCGCCAGGAGAUACUGGUCACGAUGCGGAGGACGAGGUUGCACCGAAAAACACACCCACAAAGAACGGCAUAGAAAUCCGCGGCGAUGAUAUUCGAUCAGCAACAAGCAAAUCUCGUAGGGAUUACAGCCCAGCUUUGCCACGGCCUACCGUGGUCAGUGAUAAACCUGGAAGACCAAUUGUAAGCUUCAAGGAGGACUGGAAACUCAAGGAGAUCAUGAUGGAAGAGCAGCAAAGCAUCGCCCCGUUGCCCAGCAGCGCGAGCCCCACUGUUCCAGUGAUAAAUGUCGAUGUGCCUGAAGUCAGCGUCAAUGGUGCAAGUCCAAGCUCUCCACCUAGAAGCAGAAUACCACAAAGACCAUUGCCUUCUGCUGGCAGUGCGCCAGCACCUGGUCGACCUCUGCCUCGUCACGCGAAUACUACUCCUGUCCUGGCUCUGAAGUCUACACCGCACAUGACUCCGUCCAUUCGGCAGUCUGGAGCACUAUGUGCCCAAUGUGCUCUACCAAUUGCGGGUCGAAUCCUUUCUGCAGCUGGAGAGCGAUUCCAUCCAGGAUGCUUCGUCUGCCACCACUGUGAGACCAAUCUUGAGUGCGUUGCAUUCUAUCCCGAGCCAGACAAGCAGCGAAGUGCCAGAGUGGAGCGAAUUCGCGCGAGGCAGCACGGUCUACCAAUUCCCAUUCCUGAAGAUGCGGCACCAGAAGACCUUGAGAGAUGGGAAGCCGAAGAUGGUGAUGAGAGUCUUCGCUUCUACUGCCAUCUCGACUUUCACGAGAUUUUCUCACCACGCUGCAAAUCUUGCAAGACGCCGAUCGAAGGUGAGAUCAUUGUCGCCUGCGGAGCGGAAUGGCAUGCUGGUCAUUUCUUCUGUGCUCAAUGCGGUGAUCCCUUCGACUCCACUACGCCAUUCGUUGAGAAAGACGGAUAUGCUUGGUGUGUCGGUUGCCAUACGAAUCGCUAUUCGAGCAAAUGCAGAAAGUGCAAGAAGCCGGUCACGGAUGUUGUCGUCAAGGCUCUCGGAAGUGACUGGCAUGCCAACUGUUUUGUCUGCCUGGAAUGCAAUGGUGAAUUCGAAGAUGGACGAUACUUCCUUCGUGGUGAAAGUCAAGAUCCGGUCUGCGUCAAGUGCGAGGAGAGGAGACUGAAGGCAUAG